ACGUCUUGGGCCAACGUCGCUGCGACAAAACAAAAAACACCGUUUUGCCGCUUUGACCCGCUGGCUAUAGAAGGGCAUCGCAAGCAGGCUGAUGAGCGGCUUUGGCAAAGCCACUGAGGACCGCGGCAGCUUCUUCCCGGUUUUGGAGGGCGGCAGGCCCGCGUGAGUGCGCGGGGAAGAAAUUCCCGCUGACUCCUCCGAAAUGUCUGUUGGUGGUGGGGAUCCCAGCUGCAAUGCAGUCCUCUCCACCCGUCCCCUCCCCCCAGGCACCGGCUGCGGCCCAGAGCCAAAAGAUAGCCUGGUGAUCCAGUGACGCAGGCCAGGGAAACUAGGACGGUUUCUCUCUCACACACACUCACCCCUCCCCUCCCCCGGCCGCCGCCGCUGCUACAUCCCGUGCCUUCCCUUUCCUCUCCACGAUAGCCGCCCCCACGGCUCUGAGCGCGUGCAGAGGGCCGAUUUUCGCUUUUGCGGCUUGUGUCACCCGCCGCCGCCGCCACCACCACGUGUUGGCGCUCAUAAGGCGCCGCCGCCGCCGCUGCGUUCCACAAGGAGGCUGUUCGGCUCCCCGCUUGCAGCGAGGGCGGUUUCGGGUUACGCUUCCCUCCGAAAGGCUGCGCCGCUCACCGGCAGACCAAGACACCCGCACACGCCCGGAUUCCAGCCUCUGUUGCAGCGCCUGGCGGUGUCCCUUUGCGCUUUUUCUUUUUGGUUAAAAAAAAUAGUGGUGUUGUUUUUUGGCGAGCCAAGUCGAUCUCACCCUUUCCUCGCCUCCUGCUGCUGCCAGAACGCGAAAGAGAGAGAAAACAUGUGGCUCUCUUUCUCCGUGGUCCUGAUCGCCCUGGCCUUCCCCGGCUUGGCUCGAGGCAAGGUGGUGGGCAAAGGCGACGCGGGCUUCGCGGAAUGCGACGGCUUCUUCUACCAGCGGGCGCCACCGGAGGGGCUCGCCCUGGAGGAGCAGGGGCAGGUGAAGAUCUGCCAGAAGUACAACCGAGAGCCCCGCUUCGCCACCCUCUACAGCACGCGGGACAAACUCCCGCUUUACUCGGCGUUUCGGUACACAGAAGAAGCUGCCCCGAGCGGGGAGGAGAGAUGGCUGGUGGAACCGCAGAUCGAUGAUCCUGAAAAUGGCUUGGAAGGAAUGAUGCCAGAAGCUGAAAUUACAGGUUCAGUGGAUAACCUGGGAACAAACCAGGCCCUCACUGCAGACUAUGUGGACUCUGGCUAUGAGAGGGGUCAACUAAACCCCAGCUCUCUUCAUAAGGAUGAUACCCAGAUAGCCACAUACACACUGACCAAUGCUGUGCCAAUGACCCCACCUCUCCAGGAGAUUUGGCACUGGGAGAUUGAGGCCCUAGUAAGCAGAGGCUUGGCUCCUCACUGUGAAAAUGGGAAGGGUCUCUAUCUUGUUUCCGGAGUGGUUCCUUCCUCCCUCAGAGUGAAGGACAAAGUUGCAGUCCCUGAGUCUCUCUGGCUGGCAGCUUGUUGCGAUGAUGGCUCCAAGGCCUGGUCUGUGGGAUUUAUUAAACAGGUAGCUGCUGGGAAUCGCCUGGAAGAUCUCACAGUGGAAGCCCUCGAAAAGAAGCUUCCUGCAGGAGCCCAGCUGUUUAAGAACAACUGUGGCCAAGACAGACACGAUCCCAAGAAACUGGAGGAGGUGUUGCACUCUGUGAAAGAGAUCGAAGCUGAUAUACCAGUACAGCAAGCAGAAAAGUCUGCGACAUGCGACAAGACCAGCACAGCAAAGGAAGAGAGUGGCUUUCUGAAAAAAUUGUUUUAUUUCAUCGUCACCCCUAUCUUCAAACUGCUGAAAUUUGUUUUCUACCUGGUUGGCCAAAUUGUGAAAUAUAUCGUUCAUUUCCUGUGGCACGUCAUCCAGAUGAUUGUCAAGGGGGUGUUCACUUUCAUCAAAGGAAUUGCCACGGCGCUACUGAAUAUAUUUAUUGACCUGGCUCGGGUGGCCGUCAACAUCCUGAAUGGCAUUGCCAAAAACAUCUACAAUGUUCUAAUGAUUACAUACAGGAUUCUCAGCGUGCCUGUUAACCUGCUCCUGGAUAUUGUGUCCUUCCCAUUUUACACCCUGGGUGCCAUCCCUGCUGUCCUCCAAGAUAUUGCUUCAGGCGUAGGUGGGUUGUGCUUAUUGGUCAUUGACGCCAUAACCAACACCGUGACCAACCUAAAUAAUGUUGUUUCUUACCUAGCCCGAAAGUUUCUUCCUAAGAUUUCUUCCAGCGCCUGAAAAGCCGUGCGAAAAAGCGAAUGGCUAUGAACAACUCCAAAAAAACCCACAAAGCAAUAGUUUCUGAUAUGUUGCUAAUCACCUGCUGUUCCUAUAAGUAUUUAUUGUGGUGGCAUUAACAGUAAUGAUCCAAUGUUCUGAUAACAUGGGUGAGCUUUAUGCCCCCCCUCCCCAAAGGGGAAUUUUGCGGCAAAAUUAAAUGUUCUCUUAUUGUAAAA